UUAAUACUGGAAGUACACCUUCAGAGAGCUGUCCCACGGUUUCACUCAAGUAUACUAUUACAAGUUCCAAAAGGACAUUACGUGGAACUGAAUUUCACCAUGGAGAGUUCAUCUCUAACACCCUGCAUUUAUGAUGAGUACAUGGAGGUUCGUGAUGGAUACAACGAGUCUGCCAAUCUUCUUGGUGUAUUUUGUGGAAGGAACAUUUCUGUCAUUGUGCGAUCCAGUGGACAUAACUUAUGGAUCAGAAAAUCAGCCUAUUAUUUUAGGUUUCGGGGCUCGUACACCAACAAAAGACUCAACUUUACAGGUAUUGUCCUCUGAAAUUACUAACUGAAACAAUUCUGACAUGUUUCAAAGUUGUCGUAACACGGAAGGAAUAGAUGAAGUACUCCAACUCAUUUGGUAAUUUCAUUUAUUUGUUUUCUUCCAGUUGAACCCAACUUAGACAAGGUGGCCAAAGCUCAAUUUGUUCUUUUCAACCAAACUUCAUCUCUUUGGUGUCCAGCACAAGGUGCACCGGCACCAUUUAUAGUUUGGAGAAAGAACGGCAUUAUGGUACAGAACAGUACAAGUGUAAAAUACCAGUUGACCGUCACUGAAGAAAACAAUGACAAGUACAGCUGUGAAGUGAAGAAAGAGAAUGGUUUUGACAAGAAAGAAAUCCGUCUUGUCAUUGAAAGUGAGUUU